GUAGUGGGAUUGAGAUAUAUGCUUUCCCAGCAUUGGCAUAAGCAUGCCUUGGGCACUUGGAUAUGGCGAUUUUUCCCUUCAUUACUUCUUCUUCUCUGACAUUGAUGCGAUAGGGGUAGCACAACGUGUUCAGGCAGCAUGUUGUCCCCUCAUCGCAAGUUUCCCUGGCUUUCUUGUUCCUGUGAUAUCAUUCUGUUUUUGUAUUUCAAUGGUUUUUAUCUUCAAUUAGAAGCAUUGCUCGCUCUGAAUAGAUACCCGUCACCUGCUAUGCUGGUGACCAAUGUCAUCUCGACGGUUAGG